AUGAGGCUCAUCAACUCUAUUCUCCUGUUGUUGGCCGGCCAUGCAGCUGCUCAGCAUGUUCAUCUGGAUAUUCCGGAAGUCUCGCGCUAUAUAUCUGCCAUCGAGUCUGAAUUCUCAGCAUGUCCAGCACCAUCGGCUUGUGCAUACUGGCUCGAGGACAUCAAACACCGGGGUAUUGCAGCAUUUAACCCUAGCCCCUCAACCUACCAAGUCUUUCGCAAUGUCAAAGACUUUGGUGCUAAGGGUGACGGUGUGACUGACGAUACUGCUGCUAUCCAAGCAGCCAUUAGCUCAGGCGGUCGUUGCGCACCAGGUUCUUGCAGCUCAACCACCACCACACCCGCAAUAGUCUAUUUCCCUGCUGGCACAUAUAUGAUUUCAUCAUCCAUCAUCGACUAUUAUUACACCCAAAUGAUAGGAAACCCCAAUUGCGUUCCUACAAUCAAGGCUUCUGCAAACUAUACCGGAACAAAUGGACUUGGUCUCAUCGAUGGCGACAAGUAUGGCGCCAAUGGACUUGGUUUUGGCGCUACCAAUGUUUUCUAUCGACAAAUAAGAAACUUUGUGAUUGAUACGACGCUAGUUCCUGCGAAUGAGUCAGUGACGGGGAUUCAUUGGCCAACUGCUCAGGCUACUUCCUUGCAGUUUAUUACUUUUAACAUGAGUCAAGAGGCAGGUACACAGCAUCAAGGUGUUUUCAUCGAGAGUGGAUCUGGUGGUUUUAUUGGUGAUUUGACCUUUUAUGGUGGAUUGUAUGGUAUACAGAACGGCAACCAGCAGUUCACGCAAUCAAGACUGACUUUCAAAAAUGUGGUAACAGCGAUCAACCAACUGUGGGACUGGGGCUGGCUUUACCAAGACAUCACCAUCGAAAACUGCACUGUCGGCAUCAAUAUGUCAUCCGGUGGUUCGACAGCCCAAUCUGUGGGAUCGGUGGUCUUGAUCGACAGCACUAUCAGUAAUACUCCGCUAGGCAUUGUGACGGCACACAAUGAGACCUCUCAGCCCGCAGCCGGUGGUUCUCUGAUUUUGGAGAAUGUUGCUCUCAACAACGUACCAAUUGCUGUUCAAGGUGCUGGUGGCGUUACGGCACUUUCAGGUUCAACUGGUUCAACCAUCAUUAGCGCAUGGGGAGAAGGUCACGAAUACACUCCGAAUGGACCCACAAACUUCGAAAGUACUUUCCUUGCAAAUGUCAGGCCUGCAUCACUUCUUUCCGGGUCGAAGUACUAUUUUCAAGCCAAGCCUCAAUACCAGAAGUAUCCAGUCUCAGCUUUCGUUAGUGCUCGCUCUGCUGGUGCUACAGGAGAUGGUCAUACAGACGAUACAAAUGCUCUGCAGGCUGCCGUCAACUUGGCAACAAUACAAGGAAAGAUUCUGUUCCUAGAUCAUGGCGACUACAAGAUUACACGCACACUCAACAUCCCACCAGGCUCGAGGAUCGUUGGUGAGAGCUACAGUGUCAUCUUCUCGUCUGGCGAAUUCUUCAACAAUAUCAAUUCUUCACAGCCAGUUUUGCGAGUUGGGCUCAACAAACAAUGGGGAAGAGUUGAACUCUCGGAUUUGAUAGUGUCGACACAAGGUCCUCAGGCUGGCGCAGUCUUGAUUGAGCAUAAUCUUGCAGCACCACCAGGUAACCCAUCUGGAUACUGGGAUGUUCACACACGAAUUGGUGGGUUUGCAGGUUCAGACUUGCAACUUGCUGAGUGUCCAACAACACCGAAUAUUCUCACCCCUCCUGCGCCUGUCAAUUCGAACUGCAUCGCAGCAUACAUGUCUUUACACAUCACCUCUGGCGCAUCAGGCUUCUACAUGGAAAACAACUGGCUCUGGACAGCUGACCACGACAUCGACGACCCUAAUCUAACACAACUAACCAUCUACGCGGGUCGCGGCCUGCUCGACGAAAGCAGUGGGCCAGUCUGGCUUAUCGGCACAGCAGUCGAACACCACACCAAAUACCAAUACCAAUUCUCCUCUGCCGCAAACGUGUUCGCUGGCUUCAUUCAAACCGAAACUCCAUACUACCAACCUAAUCCUCCAGCUUCGGAGCCUUUCCCAUACGUUGCGAGUCUUAACGAUCCUUACUUUGCUCCUGUAGCAACAGCUGUAAAUCUUACUGCCUCCAACACCUCUAUCCCCACAGAAGAUGCCUGGGGACUACGAGUCAUCGACUCCAACGAUAUCUUGAUCUACGGAGCGGGUCUAUAUUCCUUCUUUGACAAUUACUCGACUAAUUGCUCGGAUCAAGGUAAUGGCGAGGUUUGUCAGAACCAUAUUGCUGAUGUUGAGGGUAGUAAGGGUGUCAGUAUUUAUGCUUUGAAUACGGUUGGGACGCAUUAUUCGGUGCAAUUGGAUGGAGUUGAUGUUGCGCUUUACAGCGAGAAUCUGGAUGGGUUUGUGGAGACAAUUGCGAUUUCUAGGACUUGA